AUGGUACACGAAUCUCUGAGAUUAUACGCAACCAAUGAUUCUUAUACUCUAGUGCCCUAUUACCUUGAUCCAACUAUAGCAGCUCAGACCUUAGUCAUUAAUAGAGAGUCUGGUGAAUGCUUACUGGACGGUGCUAUACCCGACCCAUCCGCACACGCAGAAGCUCUAACAAUAUAUGGAGUUUUGGGUAUUAUCAAUUUAUUGGCAGGCGAAUAUCUUAUAGUCAUUACUGGACGUGAACGUAUUGGAAGGUUGGGCAAACAUGAUAUUUUCCAUGCGAAUCAAUUUAGAAUUCUUCCAUUUGCGAAAAAUAAUAACCGAUUAUCUGAAGCGCAGGCUCAGGAUGAACAACGUUAUCUGUCGCUUGUGGAAAGUCAUCUCAGAUCUGGAACAUACUAUUUUUCUUAUACCUAUAAUCUUACCCACACCUUACAAAGGCAGGCACAAUUGGGUGAUUUGGCAACUAAACCUUUAUGGCAAAGGGCCGAUGAAAGAUUCUUUUGGAAUCGUUACUUACAGGCAAAACUUAUUGAUAUUACCACUAACAAUCCCGAUCAAGAUACUGAACAAAUUAUUCUAUUGGAUCCCAUCGAGGAUGGUAAAGCACCCACUUCUUUUGAAGGCAAAAUUAAAUUAUCUUACGUUCAAACUCGUGGUUCUGUUCCUAUUUAUUGGGCUCAGGUUAAUAAUAUCAAAUACACACCAAAAUUGCAAAUAAUGGAUUUACCUAAUACGCUUGAAGCUUUUCGUCGACAUUUUGAUGAACAAAUUAAAAUCUAUGGAAAUCAAAUCUUGGUUAAUCUUGUUAAUAAAAAGGGUUACGAAUCUGCUGUGGGAGACGCGUACGAGAAGGCUGUGAAACAAUUAAAUGAUUCCAGAAUACUAUACUAUCACUUUGAUUUUCAUCAUGAGUGUAGCAAAAUGCGAUGGCAUAGAAUUCAGAUUUUGCUUGAUGCUAUUGAAGAAGAGUUAAUUCAGCAAGGAUAUUUCUAUGCCGAAGAUUCACCUAUCAAAUUUCAGACAUCUGUUAUUCGUACAAAUUGCAUGGAUUGUCUUGAUAGAACUAAUGUUGUUCAGUCCACCUUUGCGAAAUGGAUGCUGACACAGCAAUUACGCGAAGUUGGUGUGUUAAGCAACAAAGAAAAAAUUGAUGAAAUCGAAAGUUUCAUGGAUAUAUAUAGAAAUGUAUGGGCUGAUAACGCUAACGCUGUUAGCAUUCCUUAUUCUGGUACUGGUGCUCAAAAGACGGAUUUCACUCGGACCGGUCAGAGAACCAAACAAGGAUUUCUUACAGAUCUACAAAGCGGUUUAGCCCGUUAUGUAAAGAAUAAUUUCAUGGAUGGUGCACGACAGGAUGCAUAUGAUUUACUAUUGGGUAAUUAUGUGGUAAAAUAUGGGGCCACAUCCCCUUGGAUUGAUGCUCGAACAAUGCAAAUUAAAUUGGCUCCUCAAAUUUUGCUUGCAUGUUUGGCAUUCUUAAUAUUCUUAUUUAUUCUUCCAUCGUUUGAAGGAUAUGUAAAUUAUUUUCGAUUCUUGAUGCUUAUUGAUUUAGUAGUGGUAGUGUUCCUACUUCAAUUUAUUUUGGAGAAUGGCGGAGAAUUUGUAGAUUGGCCUAAACUUGUUGCAAGAGAUUACCGAUCUUAUCAAACUAAAUUUAAUACAACAUCACCUUAUAAGGAAAGAACGGGGCGAAUUAAUGAUUUAGGAUAUGAAGAAAAGAUUGAACUACAAAAACUCGAGUAG